AUGUCGGACGAUACUCCGGUUGCCACGUCAGCCGUGCUGAUGUCAGCAUCGAGACACAUUGCCAAGAGCUGCGCCGCUGAGAAUCGCGCGUUCCUGGAGUGCAAGCGUGCGGACGAGAAUCCCGAAAAGUGUUUGCAGCAGGGCGCGCAGGUCACGGGAUGCGUGCUCAACCUGCUGAAGUCGUUGCAGGGGCAGUGUCCAGCGAGCAUGGAGGCGUACGUCAAGUGCAUGGACUACUACAGCAGCGAGUUCACCAUGUGUCGCAAGCAGCAGGAGAAAUUCCUUGCGGAUUGUCCCCUUUGA